GUUCACGAAGUUCGAACAGGAGACGCCUCGGUGAUACAAGUCGAUACGUUUCCGUCGAAUCGAGCGAGCCACGAACAGUUCGAUAAUCAUCCCGCUCUAGCCUGUGUGACAUUUCGAGACCAGUGUGAUAUCGCGAUAAGCGGAUUUCGUUCUCUAAUCAGUGUGCAAAGUUCGUUAUCGGUGUGUGGAAGCUACCCCCGAGUGAAGGAUUAAUCAUGCAGAUGCACGAGCAGAUCAUGAUGGUCGACGGACAGGAGCAACCCAUUUCCAGGACUUAUCAGUACAGAAAGGUGAUGAAACCUAUGCUGGAACGCAAACGCCGGGCCAGAAUCAACCGGUGCCUGGACGAGCUGAAGGACCUGAUGGUAACAGCCCUAGCCGGCGACGGCGAGAACGUGGCGAAGCUGGAAAAAGCCGACAUUCUCGAGCUGACCGUGCGUCACCUGCACAAGCUUCAGAGGCAACAACGGCUCUCGGCGAAUCCGGUGAUCGACGCGGAUCGGUUCAGAGCCGGCUACACGCACUGCGCGAACGAAGUUAGCCGCUGCCUCGCCGCCACUCCCGGCGUCGACGUCGCCUUGGGAACGAAAUUGAUGACCCACUUGGGUCACAAGCUGAAUUCCAUGGACAAAACUGGCCCCCUAACGAUCCACGUGGCCGCGCCACAGUCCUCGCCGUCUUCGAGCAGCGAGCUCAGCUCGGACGAAUACUCCAUGCCCCUCACUCCGGCAUCUAGCCAACCGUCCCCGGUCAGAACGGACAUCGAAGGCAUCUCGCAGAGUCACCAAGGUCUCCUGCAGGUCGCCAAACCCAACGAGCCUAUCUGGAGACCAUGGUAA